UGGAGAGACCCUCAGCCCUUGACACGGCGUGUCACCGUCCCUCGGCAGGUCAAGCAGGCUGUGCUCAGGGCGAUGGGUGCCAUGAUGGGUGUCCUCCUGCACGUGGAGGAGCACCGUGAGCACGCCUGGGAGCAUCUCCUCUGGCUGCUGCACCAGUAUCGGGAAGUCUGGGACCCCUCUGGGGUGACCGUGAGUCUCGGCUAUUUCCUGGGGGCUGUGGCAGACAUUCAGACCCGCGUGCCCCGGGCCAGGCAUCUGGCCAUCGCCACUGCUGUGCACCAGCAGCUCUGCGAUGAGAUGGAGCCGCCCAGCCCAGAGCACAGAGCAGAGCUGUGCCGCUGCAUGGUGCUGCAGGCCCGAAUUUGCCCGGAGGAGACCAUCGAGUUCCUCUACUACAAGCUGAGGAACGGGAGCAAGGCCGAUCGCGUGGCAGCCGUGGCAGUGCUGCAAGCUCUGGUCCGCUCUGACGCCCCGGACACGAGGGAUAAGCUGACCCUGUUUGCGAAGCUGGUGCAGUCCGUGUGCCAUGACCCCGCGGCCCAGGUGAGCUGGUUUGGGCAGGGCUGGUGCUGCCACCGGGGCACAGCAGCCCUUUUCCCGGGCAGAGCCUGGCGAGGCCAUAGCCACAGGCCAAGGCAGGGCCCGGGGCUGGAGGCCGCUGGCGGCCAGGGAGUGAGGGCUGCUGCUGCGCGGCCCAGCCAGAAGGGCUGCAGCACGGCGAAGGCAGCUCCGCUGGGCUUUGGGCCGGGUCGUGACUGCAGCCUCCCGUGA